GAUUGACAAUGACAUUGCAUUUCAAUUAAUUUUUGUUGAUAAAUAGUUUCAUAAUCCUUUAAUUUCCUGGUAAACCAAAAUUAAAUAUACAAAAUGUUAGAUAAUGUUAAAUCUGUAAUACUAGUUUUAUCCGGGAAAGGCGGAGUUGGUAAAUCAACAGUAAGCACGCAGUUGGCACUUACUCUUAAGGAAAGAGGAUUUAAGGUGGGUCUCCUGGAUAUAGAUCUAUGUGGUCCUAGUGUGCCACACAUUUUAAAUUUGGAAAACGAGAAUAUCCACCAAGGCCCAGAUGGUUGGGUGCCAGUUUAUUUGGAUAAGGAACAGAGAUUAGGUGUUAUGUCAAUUGGCUUUCUUCUAAAGUCUCGCAACGACGCUGUUGUUUGGAGAGGACCGAAGAAAACUGCAAUGAUUAAACAGUUUCUAGAAGAUGUAUAUUGGCAAGAUCUUGAUUUCUUAGUAAUUGAUACUCCACCAGGCACAUCAGAUGAGCAUAUAACAGUAAUGGAGAAUCUUCGUCAAAUACCUCAAUGUUCAGCAAUCAUAGUAACAACACCACAGGAGGUAGCCAUUGAGGAUGUCCGGAAGGAAAUCACAUUUUGUAGGAAAACUGGAAUACCAAUCUUUGGUAUUAUUGAAAAUAUGAGUGGAUAUCAAUGUCCAACAUGUAACGAAUGUACAAAUAUAUUUUCAAGUGGCGGCGGGAAGUCUUUAGCAGAGAUAUCUAAGCUGCAAUUCCUUGGUACCAUACCUAUAGACCCUCGUGUUGGUAAACUUGCAGGACAAGGUCUGGCUGCAGUAAAGGAACUGCCUGACUCAAGUACUAGUAAAGUGUUCAAUGAUUUAGUUACUGCAUUCGCUGAAUCAAUACAAAAUGGUUCAUGAAUUUACUAUGUAAGCAUUAUUAUAACAUGAUAUACAGAUUAUGUCUUCCGUUUUAGUUGUCUAUGGGCAUCAUCAGAUCUAAAAAUAAACAAACAAAUCACGAAUAUACAUCUCGUGUUAUUAUAUUAUUAUAUAUUAUUGUAAAUAACCGUAAAUAUAAUAUACAGGGUGUUGGGGAAAGUCAUGUCCAAACGACUACCACAAAUUCCUUAGUCGAAAAUGUGACGAUCUACGAAAUACUCAAAAAGAUGUAGCUCAACAAACAGAAACCAUGGUUUUUUGUAAAUUUUAUUGAUAAUCAAUAAAAUUUAUAAAAACCCCUUUUAGUGACAUUUGAAUAAAUGAUAAAUAAAUCACAAACUUUAGAGCCCUCUAGCGCCCAAACGAAUAUGCUUUGGGUAGAGGUUAUUUGGAUCAAAACGUCAUAUUGUUGACCAAGGAAUCUGGUAGUCCAUUGUACACAUCUUUCCUCGUACACCCUGUAUAAGUGUAAUGUAAGUGGGUUGUAAGGAAAACAUUAGCAUUAUUAAAAUGUAACACAUAAUAUAUUAUUAAGAAUAAUGUAAUCAUUCCUGUG